AUUGUUUCGCCGGUAUCCCUCCGCGUCGGCAGAUGGCGCUGCUGCCUAAAACAGGACUAGGACCUACAACUAAAAAGUAGUUCCACUGUUUUGGUACACUUUCCCUUCCGCAACAACAGUGGUCUCAUCUGGGAUAUUAAAGUCUCCAAAACACAUACAAUCUGCGUUGUUUGAAAUGGAUAACAGUGAGGAUGAGAUGGAAGAGGAUGAAACCGAGUGGAAGAACAGUUUCGCGGAUGUAGUCCCACUUAGCCCCACUACUGCUGCCUCUGGUCCAAGCCUCAAUAAGACAUCAGGACCAACAACACCUGCACACAGAGUCAUUCUGCAUUUUGACCUGGACUGCUUCUAUGCUCAGGUGGAGAUGAUCAGAAACCCUGCACUGAGAGAGGUCCCUUUAGGUAUUCAGCAGAAAAACAUCAUAGUCACCUGUAACUAUGUGGCAAGAGAUCUGGGUGUCACCAAGCUGAUGUCUGUGACCGAUGCAAAGGAGAAAUGUCCUCAGCUGGUGCUGGUUAAAGGAGAAGACUUGACACACUAUAGAGAAAUGUCCUAUAAACUGACAGAGCUGCUGAUGUCCUACUGUCCGCUGGUAGAGAGGCUUGGAUUUGAUGAAAACUUCAUGGACGUCACAAAGAUGGUAGAAAGAAGGCUAGCAGAGACACCGGAGUCUAACAACUUUUCAUUUAAAGGACACAUCUACAACCAUUUAACUGCAGAUGUUGAAGCCAGUGAUCAUCCACGGUUGGCUUUAGGUUCACACAUUGCAGCGGAACUGAGAGAAGCCAUCCACAGCAAACUGGGUCUGACUGGCUGCGCUGGCAUCGCCACGAACAAGCUACUGGCCAAACUGGUGUCAGGCACCUUUAAACCCAAUCAGCAAACCACCCUGCUGUCGGAGAACGUCGGCGACAUCAUGGGCUCCCUGAGCGGCCUCCGCAAAAUACCGGGGGUGGGUCACCAAACUGCUAAGAGACUUCAGGCCCUGGGAUUGGUCAGCGUGAAAGACCUUCAGCUCUUCCCGUUGAAUGAGUUGGUGAGAGAGUUUGGAGGUCCCAGCGCUCAGCGCUUAAAGAAUCUGUCCCUCGGUGUUGAUGACUCACCUGUCACCCCUACUGGAGCCCCUCAGUCUCUCAGUGACGAAGACUCCUUCAAGAAAAUGUCAUCAACUAAAGACGUUUUGGAAAAGAUUCAAGAGCUCCUGAGCAGUCUGUUGGAGAGGAUGCACAAAGACGGCAGGCAGCCUCAGACCUUCCGGCUGACCAUCCGGAGAUACUCUGCGACCAACAAGUGGUUCAGUCGGGAGAGCCGGCAGUGUCCGAUCCCCAACCACAUCGGACAGAAGAUCACCUCUGGCAGCAGUGAUGACGCUGUGGUCCAGCUGGUCUCGUUGGCCAUGAAGCUCUUCCACAAGAUGGUGGACAGCGGCGCCGCCUUCCACCUCACCCUCAUUAACGUUUGCUUCAGUAACCUACAGACCAGAGGAGCCGCCGUCAGCGGAAAGGGCUCCAUAACAUCUUUCUUCACACAGAGCACGUCUCCCAGAAAUACACAGAUCUUCUCAUCACAAAGCCAGGAUGCUUCCUCUCAGAGUGGGGAUAGUCACUGCGUAGAUCAUCAGGUCAACACACACAGCGUGAUUACUCAACAGACCCCUCCUCAAAAGACCACAAAAAGCCCUCGUAGCUCUGAGGCAGCGUUAUGUGGGUCUAAAGGAAAACAGAGGCCUGUUGUUGCCGUAGAAGACCCUCCGCUUCAGGGAGUAUCCUGCAGCACAGCGAGGUCAGACCCCGAAGAAGCAAAUAUCACAGUGACACAUCGGUUGCCCCCGAAUGUUGACCCAGAUGUGUUCAAGCUUCUCCCUGAGGAAAUCCAGAAGGAGCUGUUAUCUCCUGCUUACACAAACUCUCUCCCCGGCCUUCCAGCAAGCUCAUCUGCAGUGGUUGACAUCCCCCACGUAACACAAGACAAGCCUCCACUGUCAUUUACUGACUUACCAAAUACUAAAGACAUAAACGAGACUAUAGAGAAAUUGGAUCCAAAUAACAGGCCGACCACCGUGAAUCACCAGAGGCCAAGUUCGUUUCCAGGAGAAGACGUCAUGGAAGAAGGGACACCGUCAUUCCCUCGGUCUUCUGACUGUAACUUCCCGGGAAAUGUGGACCCUAAGGUGUUUUCUGAGCUUCCGCCGGACCUUCAGAGGGAGCUGAUGUCAGGAUGGAAGCAGCAGAAACCGGUCCUGAAGACGCCGUCGUCCAGGAAACCAGGGAGAAGCUCGACGACCAAAGACGGAAAGGCUGCAGGAAAAGGCAGCCAGGCAAACAAUCUGUUAAAGUAUUUCAAACCCAGUUAGAGAGGGACUUCUGUUAAAGGUAAUUCAUGACAGGACAAACUCUUUUUGUAUGUUAUUUAUCUUAAAGAAAAUCUUUUCAGUUGUUCUCAGGUGAUAUAUGUAAAGGGGGUGAACAAAAUAAAAGAAACACAAGAAACAA